CGCCAGUCGACGUUUAGGCGUUAAUGUGAACGAAGCGACUAACUGUGAGGACCGUACGAUGCUAUGUGGUUGCGAUAAAAAGUAGGAGAAAGUUUUGUGCGUGUGUGUGUUUUCAGUUGUUAGAGAGGAAACAUGAUGCUUCACAGGGUCGUCGUGCCGGCCCUUCUAUUGGGCUUGUUUACAGUUAGCCACUGUCAACGGGAUAACAGUUUCUCAGAUUCGGAUGAUUCUCGGAGUAUUGAUCUAUUACAAGCAAUAGGAAUACCCAGUGAGAGUUCCGUCGAUAUAAAAUAUGCCACAGGCACUCAAGGUUACCCUUCCUUCGAACUCACACGAGGAGCCUUUAUACGAAAAUCGGCAGAAAUUUAUUUUAGGGAGCCAUUAUUUAGAGACUUUGCUAUUGGAAUGUCAGUGAAAUUAGCUGGUAGAGAAGGAGGAUUUUUAUUUGCGGUGGUGAAUCCGUAUCAAACUAUUAUAUCCUUCGGUGUCAGCAUUACCGCUGUUGAAUCGGAUAGUCAGAGACAAAAUGUGGCGUUGUAUUACACUCCUAAUUCUAGAUAUCAGGAAGUGCCGAUUGUUGCUGCUAACUUCACGAUAGAUUCUAUUGCUGGUCGAUGGGCGAAGUUAGCAUUACGUGUUGAAGGUGACAGGAUUACGUUAUAUGUGAAUUGUAAGGAAUAUCAAUCCGUAGACUAUCGACGUCCAGUUCAACAGUUAGAAGUGGAGCCCGGAUCAUCGCUGUAUAUAGGUCAAGCAGGAGAUAAUUUCAGAGCAACACCUAAUUUUGAGGGAGCAAUAGAAGAAUUAAAAAUUUAUGGAAAUCCAAAUGAAGCGGAGGGAGAUGAUUGUAAUUUUGAUUUUAGUGGAUCAGGAUCUGGACCAGAUAUAGAAAUAGAACCAACAUUAUUUCCACAGUUUACUACUGGUGUUCCAGUUAAUCCUACACCUUUUGAUAGAAACAGUUUUAAGGGCGACAAGGGAGAUAAAGGUGAUAUUGGACCCCCUGGUUCCUAUCGACCUCCACUUAUUACACCUCCACCACCAGAUCUAGCAGGACUUAUUGGACCUAAAGGUGAUAAAGGAGAUAUUGGUGAAGCUGGAAAUCCAGGAUUCCCAGGACAGAAAGGACAAAAGGGUGAAAUGGGUGAAUUAGGUGUGGCAGGUGUUGCUGGUGCUCGUGGUGAACGAGGAGAGAAAGGAGAAAUCGGGUUAACCGGACCAUCGGGUAAGCCAGGUAUUGCUAUUCAGGGUCCACCUGGUCCUGUUGGUCCUCCAGGGUUACCAGGGUCUAUAGAUAUUAUACCAGAAUUAGAACGAGGAGAGAAGGGAGAAAGGGGCCUUCCAGGUUUACCAGGUGUUCCAGGUGAUAGAGGUACAAAUGGCUUACCAGGUGAAAAAGGAUCAAAGGGUGACAGUAUAAUUGGUCCUGGAGGUCCUCGAGGUUUAGUUGGUCCACCAGGGCCACCAGGUCCACCUGGAUUAGCUAUUGUUGAUGUGGAUGGAACUGGUUCUGGUGAUAUUGAUGCUUUACCAGGUGAACCAGGGCUACCAGGUCCUGUGGGUCCCAUGGGUCCAAUUGGCCCUGUUGGCCCUGUGGGUCCACAAGGUUUGAAGGGAUCACGUGGUCUACCCGGUGAACCAGGUCAGCCUGGCAAGCCAGGAAGUGGGUUUGAAAUGAAUAUGACAGAAAUGAUUGGAGCAGAUGGUAGAGAUGGUUUACCAGGACCAGUUGGUGCUACAGGUCUACCUGGAGUACCUGGAGCUACUGGAUCACCUGGUCCUGUUGGUCCACAAGGUAUACGCGGAGAGCCUGGAUUACCAGGACCUCAAGGAGAACUGGGUGAACCUGGACCUAAAGGUGAUCGAGGUAAUGAUGGUCGAGAUGGCCGCGAUGGAGCUAGAGGUAUUCAGGGUAUUGCUGGACCACCUGGUCCUCCUGGUCCAGCAGGUAGAGGAGAUGGAGGAGGAGGUUUCUUUAACAGCGGUGAUGGUGGAGAUGGAUCUGCUGAUGGUGACUUUGGAAUUGUUGGCCCAGUUGGACCUGCUGGUCCUGAAGGUCCAGCUGGUGUUCCUGGCUUAGAUGGUUUACCUGGAGAACGUGGUGAGCGUGGACCGGCUGGGGAACGUGGUAUGAAAGGCGAACGUGGAUUUGAAGGUGAAACUGGACCUGUUGGGCCUAGAGGUGAAGCUGGUCUUCCUGGAACCCCUGGACCUCAAGGUCCAACUGGUGAACCUGGCCUUCCAGGACCUAGAGGAUUUCAGGGAGAGCGUGGUUUACCAGGCGUAGGAGAACGUGGCUUGACAGGUAAUCCAGGACCCCGCGGGCUUCCUGGACCUCCUGGUGCUCUUGUUACAGUUGGUGGAUCUGGUAGCUCUGGUGAUGAAGUUGGACCUGUUGUUGCUGCUCCUGGACCAAAGGGCGAACCAGGUGAACCAGGAAUGGAUGGUCUACCAGGUAUUGAUGGUAUCCCUGGUGUUGAUGGUGUAUCUGGUAUACCAGGUGCUCCAGGUGAACCUGGUUUAAUAGGAUUACAGGGUAUGAAGGGUGAUACUGGUGAUUUUGGACCUGUUGGACCAGUUGGUCCUCCUGGUCCUCCAGGUCAAGUUGUUUACACUGGUGGUGAUAGUGGUAGACCCUAUCCACCACAAUUGGCAGUCAAGGGUGAGAAGGGUGAUAAGGGUGAUGAAGGGUUAAGAGGGCCAAUUGGACCACGUGGUUUCCCUGGUAGAAUGGGAGAAAUGGGAAUGCCAGGAUUCCCGGGCCGACCAGGUAUACGAGGUCGUAAAGGUGAGCCAGGGAUAGGUUUCAAUGGACAGAAAGGUGUUAAGGGUGAUGCUGGACCACCUGGACUAUUCCCUGGAGGAGGAGGAGUUUUUAUACCUGGACCUAAAGGUGACACUGGAAAUAGUGGAACUCCUGGUACUCCUGGACGACCUGGCCCUCCUGGUCCUCCAGGUCCUGCUGGAUUGUCAAGAGUAGAUGACUCAGGACAGAGUAUUGUUCUAGCUGAAAAAGGUAUGAAGGGUGAACCUGGUUUCCCAGGUAGAGAUGGAAGGGAUGGAGAACCUGGUAGAGAAGGUCGAUUGGGACCUGUUGGACCUGAAGGUAGCCAGGGACAACGUGGUCUGCCUGGACCACCUGGACCAGCUGGCCUUCCAAGUUUCGGUAAUAAUUUUAUAGAAGGAAGUACAGAUGCUCAGUUUGUCCGAGGUCCUCCUGGUCCACCUGGUCCAGUUGGUCCACCUGGUGAAAGGGGAUUGAGAGGUCUUCCUGGUCUAGGUAUAGAGGGGCCAAGAGGAAGACAGGGACCCGUUGGUCCUGCUGGUCCUCCCGGGCCACCUGGAAUUGGUAUUCCUGGUGCACGAGGCCCACCUGGUCCUCCUGGUAAUGGUGGAGACGUUGUCAUUGGAAGUGAACGUGACGACAGACGACGGGCUCAGUAUUAUCAAGGUCCUCCUGGUCCCCCAGGACCAACUGGUAAAUGUGGAUGUGAUGGGGAUAGCAGUAACAGAGGACAUGUUGAAGGAGAUCCAUCAGCUAUUAAUAAUGGUGGUCCUGUUGUAUUCCGUAAUAUGGAUAGUCUAUUAGAAGUAUCUCAUAAUAUGCCUGUUGGAACAAUGGCCUACGUCAUGGAUCAGGAGUUUGUCUAUUUAAGAGUAGAGAGAGGAUGGAGGUACAUUCAGUUAGGCCAGAUGAUUCCAUUACCAAGUCCCACAACACCAGACCCACGGUAUCGCAAUCGCCCCAACGGGCAUCGGCGCCCUUCACGACGACCUAAUGAUCAAGGUCGUACAGAAUCUCCAUUUCAACCAUUGACAACUACAAGCUCUCCAAGAGUUCCCAUACUACCACCCCCGAGCAUCACAGCUGGGCCAAAGUUACAUUUACUUGCUUUGAACCAUCCAAUGCCUGGUGACAUGCAUGGUAUCAGAGGAGCAGAUUAUGAAUGCCAUCGACAAGCUAGAAGGGCUGGAUUACGCGGUACCUACAGGGCUUUCUUAUCAACUAAAACACAAAAUCUAGAUUCCAUUAUCUAUUAUAGUCUUGAUAGAAAGAUCCCAGUUGUGAAUGCAAAGGAUGAGAUCAUAUUUAAUUCCUGGGAAGACUUAGUAAAUGGAGCAGGAGGUUAUUUUAAUAACAAUUCAACGAUAUAUUCAUUUGAUGGAAAAGAUAUUAUGCAUGACUCCGCUUGGCCACAGAAGAUUAUAUGGCAUGGAUCGGACAGUCAUGGUCAAUUGAUGUCUGACGAUUACUGUCGUAGAUGGCAAUCUAAUAGUAGAAACAGAAUGGGAUUAGGUAGCUCACUGAUGAAAAAUAUGUUAUUAGACAGUCAAAAAUAUGCUUGUAAUAAUGCUUUUAUUGUUCUCUGUGUUGAAAAUACUAGCCGUAGAAAUCUACGAUAAAACAGACAUGAACUUUAGGUCUCUUUCUUCAGUUAUAAUAAAGAGUUGUCUUUUUGUCAUCUAUUUCUAUUUUUUCUAAAAAAAAAAGGAGGAAAGGAUUAUUAUAAAAGGAAAAUGAUCUUUACAAAGUUUGUGUAUUUAUAAGAAAGAAGAGGGAAAAAAAAGAUGUAGGAAACAGUGAUCUGAUCUGAUUUAAACUUCAUUCUUUUUACUGUGUUUUUAAUUUCUUGCCGUUACUUGUUUUGUCUUUCUUUUUGGUGAGUCUUUAUUCUACCUUCUUUCAUUCAUUCGGUGGAUGUCAUGUGACUUUAAUAAUAGAGUGCUGUUGAUCAUGUGACAAUGUAUUUCAAUCUUGUAGCGCUGUACAAGAUGAUGUGAUCAAAUGUGACAGUGCUAUUCAAGUUCUGUAAAAAUAAGGAAAUGUGAAUCAGUCAUGUGACUCAGUCAUGUGACUAGUAAUGUGACCUUGUGUUAUAAGUCAUGUGAUGAUGUGAUGUCAUACUACGGAUGUUUAAAUGAGAUUAUUACUGUGAUGUUGAAUAUUUUCGUUGCUUGUUUCAUACUUUUGUGUAAGUGAAAUGUUUUCGUAACUAACUGGAUUGAUGGAUGGUAGCAGGAUGGGGAGAAAAUUGUGGGAUGUACAGAGAAAGAUGUUUAAUAAGAACUAUAUAUCAAGAACUGUAUAUCAACAUAUUAAAAAAAAAAUCUAGUUUUAAGUCAUUCUAAAUUAACUUAAAAUAGUAAUUGAAAUCUUUAUAUAGCAUGUUUAAUACACAUUUUUAUAUAUAACUGUAUAUAUCCCUUACCACAGCUUUAAAACUAAAUUCCCAGCCAGCAUUAAUGCUACGUUUAAAAAGUGCCUUGAUUCGAUUGAUUUUAUUAUUAUUUUUUUUUAAAAUUGUACUAAAUAUAAACCUAUACUAAGAUUUAGCAUUUAUUAGUUCGGAUAGUCAUUCAUUAUAAGUCAUAAUAAGGCAGUUAUUUUUCUAAUCACUUUACUAAUUGACAAUUAUUAUUAUGCAAAAUAGCUUAUUAUAAAGUUUCUCAGAAAUUUUUAUAUAGUCUUUUCAUAAGGGAAUUUACUUCAUUAUUUAAUUUUUAUAUAGUUAAGUGUCCUUAGAAAUGUUGUUUCGUGAAUAAUGCAUUCAGUACUAUUUUUAUAUAGCUAAGUGUCCUUAGAUGUAUAUUUGCGAAUAAUGCAUUUAAUACAAUUUAAAUAGUAUAAGUGUCCUUAGAAAUGGUUAUUUGCAGAUAAUCCACUAAAUAAACAAUUUUAUACAUGUAUUGUUAAAUGUCCUUAGAAAUGUAAAUUUGCAAAUAAUGCAUUUGAUACUAUUUCGAUAUAGUUAAUUAAGUGUCCUUAGAAAUGUAUAUUCGCAAAUAAUGCAUUGAAUACAAUUAGUGCAAACGAGAUACAUUGCCUGUGACGUAUUUGACAAGAGAAAUGCAAGUAUAAAUUCUACAUUUUUAUGCGUCAAUUUUCUGUUAUGAAGUGUAAUUUAUGUAUUUGCUUAUUUAAAUGAAAAAACGAUUUAGAUUCCAAUUUCUCAUUUUUAGUCCUUUUUUUUAAAACCUAAUUACUCUUUUCGUAGUAGACCAGGUGUCUUAAUGAAAUACAAAAUUUGCUCUUUUUUUUAUAUUUUUGAAGUUUUUAUUUUAUUUUAGCAAAAAGAACAAAAUAUUAAUUGUAUAUGAAUUUAAGGGUUUUUUUUUUAUCUUGUACUGUAAUUAGACAUGUUUUGAACAUUAUGUAACUACAAUCCAUGUAAUAAAAUAAUCAUGCCAAAAACAUUUAGCUUGUAAAUCGUUGAUUACUAGGUACAUGUACUUACAUAUUUUUAUAGCAUUGUUAUUAUAAUACACGUCUGGUAGAUGGAGUCUAAUCCUAUCUGUAGUGUACAUUAUUCUGUACAAGGGGUAGAAUUUUAUAGUCACAUGGCAGUAGCCAAGUUUUAAAAAUAAAAAUUCUCAAAAAUAUGCUAGUUUCACAUUGUGUGAACGGAUCAAUGGGUCCUGGGACAUUUCACUGUCAUGACCGGCAUAUAUGGCCAAGCUGGACCCCAUGUAUACAACUUUACCUUAGCUGACCACAGUACUGUGAUAUCUUUUCGUAGUAAGUGAUACUUGUUUCCAUUUAUCAUCAUACUAUGAAAUACAUUUUUUUCAAAUUUCACAGCUUAACUCAGUUACACACUGAAUAGCACCCACCAUUGUCCUAUUACAGUGACACUUAGACUUGAUCUACCAGUUGUACUGAUUAUCAUAUUGUCCUAUUACAGUGACACUUAGACUUGAUCUACCAGUUGUACUGAUUAUCAUGUAACCACAUUAGCAAGCUAUCACGUGACACUGUGACAUUUUAGAAUGUUUUUAUAAACUUGUAGAUUUCUUUUAUAUUGUAUCAUAUUCCCAAUUAAUAUUUAAUGUAAAUUUUACGAUAGAAUAUUUUCAAUUGCCUGGUUGAGGUGAACACUGUUUAAUAGUUAACAGGGUGUUUGUACAUUGAGCUAUACUGUAGACUUUUAAGAACUUAGGGAUAUGGAUAGAGUCUUAAAUAUUUAUAUGCAGAAUGGCUAUCUGCCUCAAGCCAAGUAAUGGUUAACCUGAAAUGUGCAUAUAAAAUAAUGUUUAAAAGCUCAUGCAAGUUUUAUAAUUUUUUCUAGGGAUUUGUCACCCCCACCCCCUUCAUGUUAUCUAAAGUGGAUACAGGUAUAAACAAUUUUGGAAAUGACUUGCUUAAAAUUAUACGUAAGCUUCCGUAGAAAUGAUACUAGAUAACUGAUGAAUUAAGAUUUAUUUUACGUGUUAGAAUUAUACAUACGAUUUUCUUACUUUGAAAAAUAACCAUGGGUAUAUGAAAAACAAAACAUGUUCUUUUAAAUUUAGAUAUUGUUUGAGUCUGUAAUGAAAAAAACCCAUUAAAAGUAAGAUUCAUUCAGCGUUUAAAGAAUCAGGAGAAAUUUAGUUUCUAUAGGAUUUUUGUACAGGAGUAUGUUCUGUUUAUUUUAAUUUAAUUUUUUUUUUUUUGCGUGUAAAUUUUAAUAUUCAAUUACCUUUGUGGUAUAUGUUCCAGUCUUUGGUAUAUGUGUUUUAUUUUACAUUAUGAUUAAGAGUUGAUAAAAGCUAGGACUAGAUUAAGGUAUGGGUUCUAGGGCUACAGCCCAGGUGCCUCUGUCUUCUAGAGUAUUUAUUCGAGAAUGCUGAAUCAAAGUAUAAUGAAUCUAAAUUAGCUAUUUUAAGAUAGGGUUCAGUUAAUACGAUAUUUGUAGUAAACAUACUAUGGCAAAACGAAACACUGUACUGCCUGUAUACAAGGGUCGGUUGUUGGGUAAAAUUUCCUAGAUUCAUAAAACAUACCUAUUGGGUGCCUAACAGUGCCUGUGGGCCUGCAAAAUCAUAAUCUGGCUCUGUGAAGAGCUAUAUAGUUCUAUUUGUUUAGGCUAGGAAUUAAAUAAAAUAUAAGAGUUUACGUUGCCACUUAGUCUGUCAUUUAAGUUUCAGGUUAGUAAUAGUUUUCAGCUACAAUCAAACCUAAAAGCUCAGGAAUUAUCUUUCAAUAGUUUAGCAUAAUUUGGAUGCUCACAACAGAUUGUCUCCAAAGAUUUAGUUCAAUUUUUUUUUGUCUUUCUGUAAUAGCCUUAUCCUGUAUAAAAAUAGCAUUUAUAAAUAAUAUAUGAAAAAAUAAAUAUAUUAGUUUGCUUUUAUAAAUAAAAAAAAUUACAGAUCAAACAGGAUUCAGAUGUUUCAUUAUUAUCAAUAAAUUUCAUUAUUUAAUAUUAAAGGGAAAAACAUCAAUAAGAAAUGCUUAUUUGGACACAUGAAAGAAUUCUUUACUUGUAUUUCUGUCACAAAUAGUCCAAUAAAAAGCUUGAUUUGUAAAAGCAAACCGCACGUUUUAAAAGCCGUGUAAAUACAGAUUUCAUUGUAAGAUAUUAUCUAGCUUUAUACAAAAUCCAAUGUUUUGAUUAGCCAACUAUAUAGAUGAAUAUGAAUGAAAUAUAUCAUUUAUUAUAUACUUUGCUAUUAUUUAACGGUGUAAAUUAACUAUUAAAUAUUGUGUAUGUUUUUAGAAAAAGAACAAAGUGGAAAAUAAAACCAAAUUUUUUUUUAUGGUGCUAUUAUAAGAAUUAAUAUAAUAA